AUGUCCUUCGAUCCGGCAGACGUUCCUGCGACCGCUCCUUCGCAAAAGCGCCCCCUCGAGGAGCCUUCGUCACCCAACGGACCUACCGAUCAACCCGACGCCAAGAGACCUGCUCUUGACAAGGUCAAGGACGAAGAGCCCGACCAGGAGGCCGCUCCUGCAUCGCCCUCUGCAACUGAUGUCAAGCCCGAACCCGAGACUACCUCUCCCGCUGCUGUCGCCGCAGAUGCAGGAUCGAACGAGGCUCCUGCCGACUCCCACGGAGAUACAGUCGUGCUUGACGCUCCUCCUGCUGGAAUGCCUUCAGCCACUCAAGUCCUCGAGACACAACCCGUCCAAUCUACUGCCGCCAACGGCGCAUCCGCUGGUGCUCAAGAUCAAUACUCAGCACAACAGCAAGAUGAGAGUAACUGGCUGCACAUCAGAGCCAUCAUCUCGAGCGCUGAGGCUGCCACAGUCAUUGGAAAGGGCGGAGAGAAUGUCACCCAAAUCCGCCGCAUGAGCGGUGCCAAAUGCACUGUCAGCGACUACUCACGCGGCGCUGUCGAGCGUGUAUUGACAGUCAGUGGUCUGGUCGAUGCUGUCGCAAAGGCCUUUGGCCUCAUCAUCCGCACGUUGAACAACGAGCCGCUCGAGGCACCCUCGACUCCUCAGUCAAAGACUUACCCUCUGCGCCUACUGAUCCCGCAUAUCUUGAUCGGCUCGAUCAUUGGCAAAGGAGGUGUCAGAAUUCGCGAGAUCCAGGAGGCUUCUGGUGCUCGCUUGAACGCUUCUGAUUCUUGCCUACCAUUGUCGACCGAACGCUCGCUCGUUGUUCUUGGUGUUGCAGAUGCCGUCCACAUUGCUACCUACUACGUCGGUAGCACUCUUGUUGAACAAUUGACUGAGCGUUUCGGAGGCCCUGCUGCUUCUGCCUAUGCUACUCGUAGUGGUGCUCCUGCUGGUGUCGUUCCUGGAGGUAUGCAGGUCGUUCCCUAUGUUCCUCAGCCUGCUGGUGGACAAUGGGGCCCUCCAGACCACUUCCGCCGUCAACCUCCUACCCAGCGCGGCCCUCCCCCUGCUGGCUAUGGUAUGCAGCAGCAACAUCCUUACGGCGGCGCUCCCACUCCUGUGCAUCCUCAAGCACCUGUUCAUUACCCUGCUGCAUCGCCCAGACAGCCAUAUGUUGGCGCAGGUCCUCACGCUCCAGCUCCUCAUGCCGCUGCCUACCCUGCUCAGCCCACCGCUGCAGCAGCAACUGCCGCACACGCAGGACCUCCUCAACAGCCAAUGCAAGGCAUGGUGCCUGGCCAGCCUCUGACUCAGCAGAUCUUCAUCCCCAACGACAUGGUCGGCGCUAUCAUCGGAAAGGGCGGUGCAAAGAUCAACGAGAUACGCCAGCUCAGUGGAAGUGUCAUCAAGAUCAACGAGCCCCAGGAUAACAGCAACGAGCGUCUUGUCACCAUUACCGGAACUCAAGAAUGUAACCAGAUGGCACUCUUCAUGCUCUACUCUCGUCUUGGUCAGUAA